AGUGUACUCGCCCCUUGCAUUGUACCGUUAGCUUAGCGUGAACAGUGUAGUUUUGGCUAACUAGCAGUGCUCCAUUGCGAAUUUGUACGUUUUCAUCUAUCUAAUAUCAAUACCUACCGCGCUACACAAUCGACUGCAUACUACUUCACUAAUCGCUGACUAACACGUUAACUAAGCCAUUUCAACCAGCUAGUUUAGACUAACCUUAGCUGUCAAAACGGCGUAUGGCAAAAAAUUCUAGCUAGCAAGCUUGGUGAAAAUGUGAGGUAGCUAUAUAUAGCGUCAAGUUAGGUAACAACUGGUGAAUAUUUCAUGGCUGUUCUAAUGAACGGAUUUUUUGUUGUUGAAAUUUUGAGAUGUUACAUAACACGUAACGUUAUGUAAUAUAACCACUGAAAUUAAUUGUUCAAAACGUACACGUUUUAUAUUCGACAAGGAACUACUGAAAAGUUACUUGAUGCUCGGAGGUCCGUUUACGUCAGCCCACACACGCAAGAGGAAGUAUGUGCAGUUCUGGAAAUCCCACUUGUCUUUUUAGAGCGGCCUUGUUUUUCCAAAACAAAUAUCCUUACUGAGUGAAAAGAUCGAGUCGCUAAUUUGCCACGACGGAUUGUAUGUGCUAAAGUGUCUGCGUUCUUCAUCCAGCAGUAACUAAGUUAGCUAGCUACAUAACUAAACAAACACAAAUCAUGCCUUCCGUCGAUCGGUCAAUGAGUCGGAGCCCCGAGCCUAGACAUGUCCACAGACGAAGUGGUCGAUCCCGGAGUCGUGACUUGAGUCCAGCGGACCGACCAAACAAAAAACAUGAUGGAAGUUCCAUCAACGAUCGACUUCUGCGAUUAUGCGAUUCCAAGGCGGGACAAGGCACUGGUGUUUAUAGGAGGAAUAACCAGAGUCGUUCUAGGUCCAGAUCCAGGUCCAGGGAUAGAGCAACCAGCACGAGCCGAAGGAAUGAGAAACACGGCCAUGGAUCUCGUUUUGCGCAAUAUGACAGACAGGAUAAUUCCUACUGGCAUGCGAGAGAAGAUCCCUUUAUGGCCAGACGGCUACAAGAACGAGAGAAAAUUGGGGAAUUGGGCUCACCUGAAGUGUGGAGCUGUUCGCCAAGAGUAAGAGAUCCAGAUUCUGAUGAGCAUACCCCUGUGGAGGAAGAUGUGAAUAAAGGCAAAUCAAGUUCAAGUUCUGGAGAAGAAAAGAAGAAGAAACACAAGAAGAAAAAGCGUAAGAAGAAGCACAGAAAGCAUUCAGAGGACAGUGAAUCUGACAGCGACUCUGAGGAGGAAGAAGUUAAGAAGAAGGAAAAGAAGAAGAAGAAAAAAAAGAAGAAGUCAAAGAAGAAGAAGAGCAAGAAGAACCGUAAACAGUCCAGUGAUUCAAGCAGUGACCAAAGUGAGCAGGAGGAGGACCCAAGUGGAGAGCUGUGGGUAGAGAGAGUGUGUGAUGGUCCACAGAUUGUGGGCCCCGAGGUUCCCCUCACCCAUCUGUCCCAGGAAGGCAGGCUUACAGAUUUUGGACAUGCACUGUUGCCAGGUGAAGGUGCAGCCAUGGCUGAGUAUGUGAAAGCUGGCAAACGUAUCCCUAGAAGAGGUGAAAUUGGGCUGACCAGCGAUGAGAUUGCUGACUUUGAGAAGUCUGGCUUUGUGAUGAGUGGUAGCAGGCAUCGGCGCAUGGAGGCUGUGCGUCUGAGGAAGGAAAACCAGAUCUAUAGUGCAGACGAGAAGAGAGCAUUGGCGUCUUUUAAUCUGGAGGAGCGCAGGAAGAGGGAGACCAAGAUCCUGUCCAGUUUCCGUGAGAUGGUGUACAGGAAAACUAAAGGCGGUGACAAGCCAUAGACCAUACAACCCAACUUUAAAUAUUAAAUAUGUGAAUUUGGGAUUCAAGGUUUUGACAAAAAUAUUUUUUGGACAUGGAAUAUAUGUUUUUUAAGCUUUGUUCAUGUUAUGAAAUUUCUGAAGUAUCUUGAUACUUUUGUAAACCUUUUUUGUGAACUAAGGUGUUAGGUUUGUAUUACAUUUGUAAUUUUAAUGACAAUAAUCCAAUUCUAAACUUGGUAAAUGAGGUCAAAUUAAAAUUGUGUAAACUGCUUAAGCUAUUUCAAAAUCGCAUGGAGACCAUUGUAUAUAAUUCUGCUUAUUAAAAUGAUUAAAAGCAAGCUUCUGUAAUAAUCACUUUGCACCACUGGGCUGUUUGAACACAUCUCAGUAUUGUUCCUUUAUUUUGAAGAACAUUCAGGCUUUAAAGUGUUUUAGUCUUCAGUAGUGUUAAAAUUGGCACACGCCGAGCUCUGUAUCUGUAGUUUUUUCAAAAAUAAAUUUUCCAAAUGAGUUCUAAAAAUA